AUGGAAUUAAUAUCAUUCAGUAAAGGUACAUCUCAGUUGGAUUGUGAACAUGAUCAUCACUAUGCAUUGCUGCAACGAGAGACUGAAAAACUUCGAGUUGAUAUCGAGAAAAUGCGUAGUGAACUUAGGUCUGAUAUGAAAUCGACAAGGUGCAUAUUUGACGAGUUACGUGACGAGUUAGCGAAACAAAGGGCAGAAACCACAGAACUUAUUACCAAACUCGACAGGGAAAUCCUUGCAUUAAGGGCACAGUUAGACGCAGCAAAACACGAUGCCAUAAAGUUGUUCAUUGGUAUUCUUGUUUCUAUGUCGUUCAAAGCAGCAGCCUUUCUUCGACGGUUUCUCUAA